AUUGGACUCCACAACCAAAAGGCCAAACCUCUCUCUCUCUGCGCAAUGCCACCUCAGCAACCCGACCUACAGCAGCCGCUCCUGCACGGCGCCGCCGACUCGGACGAGGCGGCGUACGACCCGGCCCAGAAGAUCCACGUGGUCGGCAUCGGCGAUGAGGCCGGCGGGGAAUCCGACUCGGGAGCGCCGCCGCCCUUCUCGUGGAGGAAGCUGUGGCUCUUCUCGGGCCCGGGGCUCCUCAUGAGCAUAGCCUUCCUCGACCCGGGGAACCUGGAGGGCGACCUCCAGGCCGGCGUGGUGGCCGGGUACUCAUUGCUGUGGCUGCUGAUGUGGGCCACAGCGAUGGGGCUGCUGGUGCAGCUGCUGGCGGCACGGCUCGGUGUGGCCACGGGGCGGCACCUGGCGGAGCUGUGCCGGGAGGAGUACCCGACGUGGGCGCGGCUGGCACUGUGGUUCAUGGCGGAGGUGGCGCUGGUCGGAGCCGACAUACAGGAGGUCAUCGGGAGCGCCAUCGCCCUCAACAUUCUCAGCAAUGGGUUCUUGCCACUUUGGUCUGGCGUCAUUAUUACCGCUGCUGAUUGCUUCAUCUUUCUGUUCCUCGAGAACUAUGGUGUGAGGAAAUUGGAAGCGGUCUUCGCCGUUCUCAUCGCGGUGAUGGCGCUCUCAUUCGCGUGGAUGUUUGGCGAAGCGAAGCCGAGCGGAGUCAAACUACUUCUCGGCAUUUUGAUUCCGAAACUCAGCUCCAAGACGAUCACGCAAGCGGUGGCAGUUCUGGGCUGCAUCAUAAUGCCCCACAACUUGUUCUUGCACUCAGCCCUCGUGCAGUCCCGUGAGAUCGACCGCACCAAGAAAGGCCUGGUCCAAGAAGCCAUCAACUACAACACAAUAGAGUCGUCUGCCGCGCUUGCUGUCUCCUUCAUCAUCAAUCUCUUCGUCACGGCCGUGUUCGCAGAGGGUUUCUAUGGGACCGCCCUCGCCGACAGCAUUGGCCUUGUAAACGCUGGGAAUUACCUCCAGGAGAAGUUUGGCGGCGGUGUCAUUCCGAUUGUGUACAUAUGGGGGAUUGGUCUUUUAGCUGCUGGGCAGAGCAGCACUAUAACCGGGACCUAUGCAGGGCAGUUCAUAAUGGGGGGCUUUCUCAAUAUAAGGCUGAGGAAAUGGGUGAGGGCGCUGAUCACGCGCAGCUGCGCAAUCGUGCCGGCGAUGAUCGUCGCGCUCGCGUUCGACACGUCGGAGGACAGCUUGGAUGUCAUGAACGAGUAUCUCAACGUGCUUCAGUCUGUGCAGAUCCCGUUCGCGCUCAUUCCACUUCUCUGCUUGGUCUCCAAGGAAGAGCUGAUGGGGAGUUUUCGGAUUGGCCCUGUCCUCCAGGUGACCGCUUGGCUGGUGGCUGCACUGGUGAUGGCGAUCAACGGCUAUCUUCUGGUGGACUUCUUCUCAAGCGACGUUGAACUAGGAGCCAUUUUUGGCACUGUGGUGUGUGUCAUUGCGGUCGCGUACAUUUCGUUCAUAAUUUACCUUGUUCUGAGGGGAAUCGACCUUUCCGCUCUGCGCAAUUUGUCACGGCCAAAAACAGUCGUCGCUAACAUGGAGGACCUGUAGUUGCUCAUCUUCGGGUCACCGUGAACAUAGCAUAUCUCUGAUUUUCACCAUAGUUUUGAUGGCUAUGCAAAUCGACACGACAGAUUGACAUGACAGCGCUUUCUUAUUUUCGGCACAAACAGGCUGUCCCUGAACAGCGUACAUGCUUCAGAUGUAUGAAGUGCCUGAAAGUAGUCGUUGAGAUGGGUUAACUGCAAUGGUUCGAUCCCGGUUUUAGCCCAGCUUUCUCCCUAAACAAAAGCUCAUUCCGUGAUUAUUGCUUCAAUCUUGUCAUUGACACCUGCAACUUUCUGUACUUUUAGGAUUUAACGAGAAACAUAACAUAAUUUUUU